UACAUUGUGGUGCAGCCCGAGCGGCGGCUGGCGGCGCUGGCCCGCUCCCUGCGUGCCGACCUGGCGGCGGCGGACGCGGACGCGGCGCCCGCGCGUGUGAUGCUGUUUGUGAACUCGCCCGCCGAGGCGGCGGCGGUGGCGGAGCCGCUACAGUCCAGCCUGUGGACCGACCACCGCAUGGCCGUGCUGGUGCCGCCGGGCACUAUUCUGGCAAAAGACAUCGACGCGGAUGAGCCCUCCUCGGCCUCUGCCUCCUCCGCCUCGUCCUCGUCAGCGGCCGGCCCCUCCGCCUCGGCCUCCUCCUCCUCGGCCGGCUCCUGGCCCCCGCCCGACCUGAACCCGGCAGCACUGCGGCGGAACGCGCGCCGCGGCGGCGUCAGCAGCAGCAGCAGCAGCAGUAGUGCCAGUGCGGGCGCGGCGGCGGGGCCAGGGGCAGGGGAAGGGGCUGCAGCUGGCAGCGGCGGCGACACGGCGGCGGGCAACUCGUUUGCUGAGGCCAUGAAGUCGAUUGACGACAUGUUCGCCUACAACCCCAUCCGCGCGCUCCACUCCUUCCGCGACCACAAGUCCUCCCUGCUGCUGGCCACCGGCGCCGCGGCCCGCGGCCUGGACCUGCCCGCCGUGAGCCACGUGUACAGCCUGGGCCCGCCGCCCGACGCCACCAACUACCUGCACCGCGCGGGCCGGGCGGGGCGCAUCGGGUCCACCGCAGGCGGCGUUGUGACGACGCUGGUGACGCCGGACGAGGUGGAGGCGCUGCAGGCCAUUGCCGCGGAGCUGGGCAUCCAGCUGGUGCGGGAGGAGGAGGCCAGUGGCGAGCUGGUGGGCAGCCUGCCGCGAUUGGAGCUGUCCAGUGGCGAGGAGGAGGAGGGCGGCGAGGAGGGGGUGGGGGAGGGGCAGGGGGCGAAGGCGGCAGGAGGCAGCGCGGGUCUGGGGGAUGUGGAGCGGCUGCGGAAGGGGCUAGAAGAUCUGUACAACCUCAUGUGAGCAGCUGGGUGUGCUUGUGGGGGGAGGGAGGACGAAAGGCAGGGGGCGUUAUGAAACGUGUGGGGAGGGAGUGAGAGGGUUGGAUGGGGGGAAUGGCCGUGGAAAUGGUACGUGCAGUCGGCCGUGACGGACUGGUGACGAGGGGACAAGCGGAAUGAUCCUAUGAUGCUGAUGCUGGUGUCGGUGUAUCAAUGCACACCCUGCGUCGGCAGGGGCUGUGCGCGCGCGUGGAACGGGUUUGGCCCCUGGCUGGGCGACAUGACGCACAGCUCGUGUCCCCCCAAAUGAGGCUGUGGAGCCCACAGGGCGGGUUGCACGUGCGACGAGACAAGGCCGGGCAUGCCAGAUUGCCAGCGCACGCAACCUGUACUGGGCGCAUUGCCCAGCGGGUGCUUGUAACAUCAGACCCUG